AUGAGUUAGUUUGUAAUCUUGCCAUUGAAAUAGUGCCCUAUAGUAUGUCAUAUCCCAGUGACAAACACUAUAAACCAGAUAUUAAUAGUAUUCGGAAAGUUCACCAGUGAUAUUGUUUAUAAAAUUAAAGCACACUGAUAUAUUUAAUUCAAGUCUAAUUAUUUUUGAUUGACACUAGAUGAAACAAUAUCAGUGUAUCAAUCUUAGAAAUACCCUGCAACCCUGACGACAAUCUAUCAAGUGACUACAUGUGGGAUUGCUAUCCCACAGGACUUUGUUCCUCAGAGGGACAGAUUGUCCCUUUGUGCUCCUGUGAUUGCUUAUGAGCCACACAUUUGCCCCUGAGGACCCCAUCUGAGCACAUUAUCAAGAAUUUUGGUGACGUAAUGGGCAACUUAAAGAUAAGAGACUAUGACAGCAUUACAUCUUUUCUUGGAUCUUGGGGACCCUUCCAACUGAGGAUUUUUUUUGCACUGGCCAUUAGCAUUCUCCCGAAUGGGUUUAUUGGCAUCUAUAUAGUAUUUGUAGGUGACACCCCACCUCAUGAAUGCUACAUACCUGAAAACUAUAGCCUUAGUGAGAUGUGGAGAAAUGUGACGAUUCCAUUGGAAACAGUGGAUGGCACCGCGAAGCGUAGCUCUUGCUCGAGGCUUAACCUGGAAAUUGUCAGGAACUACUCUGCAAAUAACAUCAUCCCAGAUGUGGGUGUGAAUGUGAGUGAAAUUCCUUUGGAGGGUUGUCUUGAUGGGUGGACAUACAGCAAAGAAAUCUACCAGUCAACCAUUGUCACAGAGUGGGACUUGGUAUGUGAGAAUGCAUACAAAACUCCACUGACCACUUCUAUCCAUUACGCUGGUGUACUAUUGGGAGCAUAUAUAUCAGGCCAGAUGUCUGACAGGUAUGGAAGGAGGCCAGCACUCUUUGGCAUGAUGGUUCUUCAGACUGUGGCAAUUACUGCGCAAAUUUUCUCCCCAAGCUGGGAGGUCUUCAGUUUCAUUUUCUUCCUCGUGGGUGCAGGGGGAUUCUCCAACUAUAUCAUUGCAUUUGUGCUGGGCUCAGAAAUUCUAAGCUCAAAAGCUCGAGUUGUCUUCUGCUCCCUUGGGGUUUUUAUGGGCUCAGCUCUGGGAUACAUGGCAAUGCCAGCAGCUGCAUAUUUCCUCCGUGACUGGCGGAUGCUGCUGAUACCCAUGGCUGCAUCUGGCCUGAUUUACAUACCUCUGUGGUGGUUAGUCCCAGAGUCUCCUCGCUGGCUGCUCUCUCAGGGAAGAGUGGAAGAGGCCGAGGUCAUACUGAAAGACGCUGCCAAGAGUAAUAAUGUAGAGGCUCCACAGGCCAUUUUUACACAAGCUGAGAUUGAAGAUGCGUUGGCUAUGAAAGACAAGAAAUACAACAUUUUUGUCAUCUGGAGCAGCUGCAAUAUAUUGACUCUUACUGUACUGUGUUCACUCCUGUGGUUCGUCAUCACCAUUGGUUACUAUGCUUUAAUCCUCAACACUUCAAACCUGCAUGGUGACCCUUAUUUAAACUGCUUCCUGUCUGCUGCAACAGAGGUGCCAGCUUAUAUAAUUGCCUUGUUACUGCUCCAGUACUGCUCCAGGCACCUCUGCCAGUCUUCUACACUCUUCCUUGGAGGCGUUAUGAUCCUCUGUGUUCACGUCAUUCCAAUGGAUUUACCGGGCGUGGCUUUAUUUCUUGAGAUGUUGGGGAAAUUCGGCAUAACAGCAGCAUUUUGUGUGGUGUACGCCGUCACGUCAGAGCUCUUCCCCACUGUUAUUAGAAAUACAGCCAUGGCGUAUUGUUCCAUGGCUGCUCGUGUUGGAACCAUCAUCUCCCCCUUUAUCAUUUACCUGGGACGAUACUUCAAGACACUCCCUUACAUAUUGAUGGGAGCUUUAGCAAUUUCUGGUGCCCUCUUGUGUUUCCUGCUGCCAGAAACUCAUGGGAAGCAUUUACCAGAGACCAUAUCACAAAUGCAGCAGAUAUGUGGGCGAAGAGGAAAAAAAGAAAAGGAAGAGGAGAAUGGACCGAGCACAGCUGAUUAUCAGAGUAGAGAAUCCAAGUUAUAGUUCAUUAUGUCCUUUGUUGUUUUUUAGCAUCAAAGGUUCUGUCAUGAAACAACAGUGGUGCUCAAAGACUAUAACUAGACUGCAUGUGAUACAUUUUAAAUCACAUUUACUGUCCUAUAAGACUUUUGUCCCCAGAUGUAUUGGUUUUUAUGUAGUUUCGUUUUAUGUAUUUUUGGACAACAUAUCCUGUGAAUUUAACUUAUUGUGAGGCAUGUUGUCAAUCAGUUUGUAAAAAUGUAUCAAUAAAAACACUUACAACUUUUAAA